GGCGGCCUCGAGGGGGCAAAAAGCUGCGGAGGCGCUUCUGGAACCUGAUCGACAUGCGAAGGUAAACGACGACGGCGUGACGUGGAAGGGGGAGAAGCGCGCACGCAGCCUUGAACCGAAACACUACUGUGGGGGGGGGGGAAACGUAACAAAAACAGUAUUACCCUCUGGCCCGUACGGGGAUCGAACCCGCGACCUUGGCGUUAUUAGCACCACGCUCUAACCAACUGAGCUAACCGGCCCGGUGGUGUAAAUCACUUCUCCCUCCGUCCCUAAAGGGAUUUAGCCGCAGUCUCCUAAGUGUGUUCAAUUCCUUGUAGUGGUAUUACGGAUGAAGAGUUCUUUCAACUCGAAAGCACGGGAGAGGGAUGCGCAGAGACCCAGGUGCCACAGAUUCACCUCCCUAGGAAGCAUGGAAAACACUGAGCGCUCAGUGUAUUUUUUGCAGUUUGCAAGCCUGUGCCGCCCGCAGCUCCUUUCAGCAGCAAUUGCUUCGUAUUUCAGGAGCAUCCCUUCAGGGUUUGUCAGAACACCUGCGUUGGAAGAUGCGACCAAAGAACGGAGCGCGGGCGCUACGCUCGGUACGACUCGGUGUGAGCCGGGCGCCCUCAGCGAUGCCAUUCCCACCCACUGCGAGCCAGCGGCGCGCACACCUGUAACGGGCUGCGUUCUACAGCCUGCAGUGGCAGGCGGGAGCCGCUAGGGAUCAGGCGGCCAUCGAAGAUAGAUGCUGGGAUGCAAAGGCGCAGUAGCGCCCGGCACAAACCAGAGCUACAGGUGCGGCAUUCAGCAUCAGGGAACGCCUUUCAGCUAGAAGCAAGGGCUGCGCAGACCGCUCACAGGCUCCCUCCAUCCUGGGAGAACGCCUGAGGAGAAAAAUCAUCCCACAGAGGCGCACAACGCCACACGGAGCAACCCCGCGCCCAGCCGCCGCCCCGCCUCCUCAGCCCUAAGGCGCACGCGCAGAGGGCGGGGCAGCGCCGGCCGCCUCUCGCACUGCGCCUGCGCGAGGCCGAAGCCCGGGGCGGGCGGACGGAGCCUGCGCGGUUGCCAAGGCAACGGGAAUACAACAUGGCGCGCUGAGGGAACGGCUCGGUGGGGCUCGGGGACCCGCAGGCGAGCGCAGGAUGAACAAAUAUAAACCAGUUUGUAAGAUAGGAGAGGGAACGUUUUCUGAUGUCCUGAAGAUGUUGAGUCUUAGAGAUGGAAAGUACUAUGCAUGUAAAUGCAUGAAACAACAUUUUAAAAGUAUUGAACAAGUGAAUAAUCUGAGUGAAAUACAAGCCCUGAGGAGGUUGAGUCCACAUCCUAAUAUCCUUACGUUACAUGAAGUUGUUUUUGAUAAAAAAGCUGGCUGCCUUUCACUGAUAUGUGAACUUAUGGAUAUGAAUAUUUAUGAGCUGAUAAAAGGACGGAGAAAGCCAUUAUCUGAGAAAAUAAAGAACUACAUGUACCAGUUAUGCAAAUCUCUUGAUCACAUACAUAGAAAUGGGAUAUUUCACAGAGAUGUGAAACCAGAAAACAUAUUAAUAAAGCAGAAUACCCUGAAGUUAGCAGAUUUGGGAUCUUGUAGGACGAUAUAUUCUAAGCAGCCAUACACAGAAUAUAUCUCCACACGCUGGUACCGAGCACCUGAAUGCUUGCUUACAAAUGGCUACUAUAGCUACAAAAUGGAUGUAUGGAGUGCUGGCUGUGUUUUCUAUGAAAUCACAAGUUUUCAGCCUCUCUUUCCUGGAUCUAAUGAUCUAGACCACAUUUCAAAAAUCCAUGAUGUGAAAGGCACUCCUGCCAACAGAACUCUCAACAAGUUCAAGCAGUCAGCAAUUUUGAAUUUUCAUUUCCCUUUUAAAAAAGGAAAAGGGAUACCUCCUCCAGUGCACAGUUUAUCUGCUAGAGGAUUAACUCUCCUGUACGCAAUGAUAACAUACGAUCCUGAGGAGAGAAUUGCUGCCCAUCAAGCAUUGCAGCAUCCUUAUUUUCAGGAGCUCUGGGCAGCUGAUACACAAACGUUGGCCACGCACAAAAAAGUAAGAUUACUAGAAAAUACAGUAGGGCAAGUGCCUCUGCAUUUGUGGCAAAUUUCAAAGGGAAGUCAAGGAGAGCAUUCUCUGAGGAAAGCCCAGGAUAAAGCAAAACGUCAGCAUGGAUUUCCUUGUGGAGAGCUACCAAUGUUAAGACCUUCUGGAGCAGCUAACUUGCCUUCCCCUCCUACACCUACUUCGCAGUCAGUUUUUCCUGCAGCUAAGUAAAGUGGUGCAACCUCUGUGCUGCAGUCUGUUAGAUUUAUUGGAUCCAAUAUGGAGGUACAGAUUCUCACUUGCUCAUUAGAGUAUAACAAUAGGCUUUAUGGAGCAUAUUUUAAACUUCUGUUGUUUCUUCAACAGUCUGAGAAACAGAAGACCCUUAAGUCUUCCCUAAAACAUUACCACUUACCUGCUAUAGAACGAAGAGAAGGUUACUGGCCAUUUUAAGGUAUUGAGAGUGUGAAGAAAAACAAGAGUAUGCAGUGAUCACUGUUAGAGAUCCAACAAGAACAACAGUGCUUUAUUUUGUGUUUUUCUGACAAUUGUCAGAAACCUCCCAGAGCUAUAAAGGGCUGCUCACCUAAUGCUUUGUGUUCUGCUACCGAAGAUGAUGGAUGUUUAAUUAAACACUCUGCAUUGGACUUUCUAAAUAUAUAUAUAUUUUUUCCUUUUAGAACCCGACAGAAGAAGGGAUUGGUUAAAAAUAACGAGAGGAUUUGAUGAGGUUCAGUAUUAGGAAUGGAACGUUGUCCACAGAAUACAGGGUUUCAUAUUAAAUAAUAAAUGACUGCUAACUUCUGGAAAGUAUUUACUUCCUGUAUUCAAUGACUUCAACCUCAAGCUUUACCAAGAACUUGCAGAUUAUACAAACAUAUGUUUGAUUUUGAUCAAGUUAGCAUAACUGGUCAACAUUUUUAUAUACCCACCAGUUAAAAGGGUAGAUCAGAGAAAAGGGAGACUUAAACAGCAGAAUGCAAUGGCACAGGUAGGUGCUGUUUCUCCUUUUAGUUGCAAGUCGUACUGAGGAAGGUCAUCUUCCUCCUACUUCUAAGUAGAAAAUAAUUCCUAACCACGAUUAUAUCAGAAGUGAGUGUGAAUACAUGAAGACACGGUGACCAGCUGAGUUAUACUGUCCUGCUGCUGAUAGUCAUCUUUGUUUGUUAGAGGUUCAUACUGUUGAAACCAAACAGGUGGAGAGCUUGAGCGGUAAUAAGGCAAUCCAAUAUUUGUUUGAAUUUCUAGCAUUGGUUUAUAUUUAAAAAAAAUAAUAAAUUAAAAGGUGUGAUGCUGAGCUUAGGAAACGGAAUGAAGGACUGCAGCUCUACAGGCAACAAAGUACAAACAGUAACCUCCAACGUUUUACAUUUUCUGCUCUGAGCUUAACCGGUGGUUUGUGCUUUUUUUCCUCAAGAGCAGAUGGUGAAAAAAGGUUAUCCGACUUUGUAUAUACAGCAGUUUUCUCUCACAUCAGUAUUUGAGGCUGUUGGCCUGUUAGAAUAAAAAAAAAGCAAUUCAGCAGAUUGCUUUUGCUAUGAAAAUUGGGUAUUUCAUAUGAAGCACCACUGUGGAAUGUUUUCUUCAUUUAUUUUAAGCUUUCAGGUGGAUCUUGCACAUUUGGGCACAUACAGCGCUUCAUGGACGUUUAUUUAAUAGCAAGUUCCUUACUAUUCUUCUGGAAACCAAAUAUAGUUCUCUGACUGUUGGACUGGUGGGCAAACUUGGGUUUUCCCACUUGCUUUCUAGUUAAAACACAUUCAACUUUAAAAUAUAAAUUGGCAAGCAAUCCUUCCAGCUAAAGUUCUGCAUUGAGACCAUCUCUUUCAUUAUUUAAUUUGCUUUAACCUACAGCUAUAUUUUCCUACCAUGUUAAGAGCUAUGCUUUUUAUAGAACUCUACAUUAUUUCCAGGUAAGCUGUUUUCUUUUUCUUCUUAAAAUCAGUUUUCCCAUAGUGAAGAAAGGAUGGGGGGUGGAAGGCUUCCAGAUGAUUGCCCGGUGGUAGAGAUACUGCAAAAAACCAGAAGCACACACGGACUCCUUCUUUGCUAUUCAACUAUGAUUUGUAGCAGGACGUGCUCUGCAAACAGGUAUGUAAGUAGCUGCUGUUAUUACCCUGAUGUUGGAUGCUAUGAUCCUUAUGGUACUGUUGUUGGUUUUUUUUCCUACAGCUGGUCCUUUAAAGGCCUUUAUUACAUCUUUUCCUCAGCUGUUUCACUUUGACUCAAACAGUAUGAAGCACUCAUACAAAGAACUCUCCAGGGAGGUAAGUGCAUUAGUUGUCAGUGACAAGGUUUAUCUGUAUUUUAACAGCUAAACCCAAUACGUUAAUAAAACAGAACUUCUGAACAAUAAUGCUGCUCAGUUUCAGUAUUUUCCCCAUUCCUUCUAUUUUAGAAAACCCCAAAUAUGUGAGAGUUGUAAAGUACAGUUCUGUCUUUAAAUGAUGUAGACAAUCCAAAUGCCAGUUUAUAAAUACAGCUGGCACUUCUUUAUGUGCCAGCUGCAUGAUGAGAAUAAGAGAUGUAGUUACAAGCAGCUAUGCAGUUGUUUCUCUCCAGGUUUUCAUUCAUCUCCUGCCUAAAGGUGCCUAAUGGUUACUUGCAAUUAAAAGCAUUCCAACCCAGCUACGUGGCUGGGAGCAGGACGGGCAGUUGGUCGCUGAAUUACGGCCUCAUGCACAGCUCCUGCCUACUGUCAGGCACGCUGCACUCUCAGGCUUGUGGCCUCAGCUCUGCUCUGCUGACCCAAUGCCCAUCUGCAAGACUGGCCAAGAGGCUGCGUGUUUCUGCUCAGCACUGAGAGAUGCCAGGGACACAGGUCAUUGCUGGGGCUUGGGAUGAAACAGCAGCUCUCUUUUUUUCAAUCUUUGCAAGAAAUGCCAAAAAGCAGUUGAAAUGUUCUGUUGCCAGUGACUUAAAUUUGUGUUUAGACAAGCAGCAUUAAACUGUACAAAUGCGUGAGGUGCACUUCCAUAAUAGUUAUCAGUUUAAAACUGUUGAAUUGUAAACGAGAUGCCUCUAAGAGGGAACAACAAGUUGUCUCAAAACCAUGUCUUCUGCAUGCUGACAUCAUUUUAAGUUUGCCAGGUCAGAAGGUGGCUGUCUGCUGGAUUAUUCACUUCUAAACUCCCAGACAAACAGGCAGCAUUACGGGAUUACAGAAUCCUCACCCCACAAAGCUGUCUGCGAGAUUUCCGCUGCCUGAUGUGCUUUGAGAUCAACCAUUGAAGAAUGAGAACGGACCAAAGUUACUUCAUUUUCCUAGUCAAAAUUCAACUAUAUUAAACAUGAAGCAAUGUUCCAGGUGAGAUUUUUUAAAAGGAAUUUGUUCUACAAAGUUUAUAUUAUAUUUCUGUACCAAACAUUUAAUUCGACAAAGGAUUGAUUACAUCAAAACGGAUCAAAUUUGAACAGAAAGUAAACAAAAAUGCAUAUUCAAGAUAGUUUAAUAUGUAUUUUCUGAAUUAGAAAUAUCACUUUCUUAAAUGACUGAGUUUCUAGUGUAAUGAUCCAUUAAUCCCCUCCCCGUCACUGAAUUACAUUAUUUAUACAUAUAUUACAGAGCUGAUUGCAGUUGGAAACAACAAUAUUAAAAUAAAUGUUUAAUAGAUACAAAGGAUCUUCUCUCCACAACAUAGUUUUUCUGGUGUUUAGACACCGAUUUUAAAGUAAUUUUCUAUUAGCAUUAAACUAUUUAAGUGCAAAACAAUUCUGUUUUAAAAAUCUAUGAUUGCAGCAUCCAUCUUCCUGAAUAACAUUUGAAGCCGGAAAGUAAUGACUUUCAUGUUCUAUGAGUGCAUUCCAGGCUGUCCUCUCGCCACCUCUGGUUAAAAAAAUCAGUGCAAAAUAAACAAUGGUGAAGUACUAAUUUAACCAUUGAACUUACUUCAAUUUAAGAAACAUACUUUAUUUUACACUAUAUAUAUUUUUAUUUAUAUAUUUAUAUAUAUAGAUUAAAUUACACUGGACUUCAAAAGUAUAAAGAAAACCAAAAAUGUUACUAUAUUUUUUACCGCAGCACCAAAGGAAGCUUUUUUUUUCAAAUGAAAACUUCCUUGGGUGAGCAGCUAGCAGUAUUAGCUGUAAUAAGAACUCAUUACAUUAUUCCUUUUCAAAUUACUAUGUGAUUCACAUAAUUCCAUGUUUACACUCUGCCACAUUAUAAUUUGUGAUGCUCUUUGCCUGAAGAACGGCUCCUGGUUCCAUUGCCAUUACUUCUUGUCCUGUGUUCAGAGAUUUGCUAGCAGUAGUGUGGUGGCUAUACUACAGUUCCACUUGGAGAAUUGGCCUGGUUUUGGGAUGACAAUAAACCCUGCAAACAAAGCAGUUUACAUUAAUCCAGCAAGAGAACCUGAGAGUACUUUUAUAAAAUUAUUAGCCUGCAGCUAAAAUUAGUACAAUUUAGUUUUACCACCACUUGCUUACUGAAGGUACCAGCACCUCCUUCCCCACAAAAGAACCUCAGCCACUAUGGUAUCAGUCAGCAGCACACAGAAGAGCUUUCAGUACGUCAGGACACGUGUGCGUUUCAGACGCGUGGUGCACAGGAUUCCAGCACUGGGUUUCAGUCUGCCUUGCGCCCCAAAGGUGGUACACCAAAAAGCGAUCGUUUUGGGGUGUCAACAAACGAAUCUGGUUCAGGAGCAGCAAGGUUGACAACUAACCUGAUACAGGAGAACGUUCAGUCUCAUAUGCUAUUGAACAUUACAAGCUUUAAACAGAAAACUAGGUUCUCUAACCAAAUACUGAGUUAUUUAUGUCAUUGUAAGGAGAAGGACACACUGAGUCAGAGUUCAGUGAAAUUUCCCAUUACAACUUGAGCUUGUGUUCAGAACUUAUUUAAUCUGCAGUGCCAUUCUAAUAAGAUGAGACUUUAUUCCAAGUGUAAUUCUGCUCCUGUGUGGCAGCCCUAGCUCAGCAGGGGCUACCGUUCUGAGUUAAGGCAGCCAAACCAGGGGCAAAAGACCCCACUUUCGAUGUAUGUGUAGUAGUCCCUUUUAAUUUAUUCACAUAAAAGGAACCAUACACCAGUUAUUUAGGAAAAGCUUAAUAUCUAAUUACAAUUUCAUUUUCUUGCAUUGUCACUAUUUACUUAAAACUGCCAGCAGACUCACACAAUGGCAGCUAAGCUGGAAGCACACCAGUGACCAUCGCUGUGCCACUUGCACUACACGGUGGGCAUGAUAAAUGCACUUUUACCAAUUCCUCUCAAUAGCUACCAGCUUAGUUUCUUACCUCAAAAAUAAAGUUCCUGUGACUCAUCAAAGCCGACAGGUUUGGGCAGCAGUUAACACACAGUGCAGAAUUAGGUCACAUCUUUAGAAUCUACAGGAGCUCUUUCUUGCUUGGGCUGCAGAACUGAAAAGUCACUACUGAUGGAGAAAUAUCCUGACCACAGACAGGGGUGGAAAGGGGACUGGAUGGGCUGGGUUCAACUCAGAGACGCUGCAUUUUCAGUAAGAAGAAAAAGUUUCAUUAUUAUUAUUUACGGAGUAACGAGAAGGCACACUUUUAAAAGCAAACAAGCUACUGAACACUCCUGACAGUUUUUACCAAGAAAGGUUUCAAAGCAAGGAAGACGAAACACAACUCUACAGUUCGUUUACCAAAGCCUUCUUCAGAAGUCAAUUAUAUCCAGCAACAACUGGAACGUCUGUCUUGCAAGAUUACAUCCACUAAGCAAGUUUCAUGUACCCUGGAAAAAGAUGUCCAAAAAGUAUUAUUGUAAAUCUUCAAUAAGAAAGACAAAUGGUUCAUAUGCAAAUAUGUGCUUUAUAAGCACACAGAAAAUAGUAGGGAUCUUUCAGGAGGAUCAAGCUCAAGCAAAGAGAAAUAAGCACUAUUCUAAUACUGCAUUUAUAAUGCAACCAUAAUUGAGAAAUGAAGAGUCAUUUAUUUUCCCACAGCUCCUGCAGAAACCGGUAGCAAAGUGCUGAAAUGCAGUGCAGUGCCUGAUUCCCCAGCGACUACAACCAGCUCUGGAACACAUAAGUUCCAAGACCAGGCACACAGAUUCUCUCAGCCCUGGUUUCAUCUUCCACGCUGUGCAUAUUGCCUGCAAGCAAAGCCCACACAGCUGGCACACGAGCAGCCCUUGUUCUAAAUGAUUCCUGCAUCUGUGAGCAGGCAGGGCACAGGGACACCAAACUGCAGAGAACGUUAUGAUCGAUGCGUGUACACAUCCUAAAACUUAGCAAGUAUCUUCUUCAAACAUGACCAAGUUACAGCAGUGCAAUCGCUAUCCCAACGUUCACUUCUGCGCCACUGGUCAGUGUCGCGAGUUCCUCUGGACACUUAGUCUUCCAAAAUCAUCUCAGACCACGGAUGUUCAUACAAGGAAAGCAAGAAGGUCAGGGCUUCAGGUGUGAAAGUUUCAUAGAGGAAGGUAAGAAUUUAAGAAUUCCAGGUAGGUCCUGAGUAGCAAGAAAGAUUCUGUGGAGCUCUGCCACAACAAAGCAGCUUUAGGAAGUCUUGUUUAGAAAAGCAUGCGACAGCUCCCAAAAGUUUUGGUACAAAAACUACCAUGUCAGACUGCGAUCUGUAAUACAAAGGCUGUGGGACUGCAAUAUUUCAACUGGCAUUCUCCAGGAAAAAGGUUGUAACAACCUCAAAGUUCCCUUGUGGAAACAAAGGAUGAAGGGAUCAGAGCACAGCGCUUUCUGUGGUGAAACCACCCAGCCUGGGCAGGCGGGUGCUGAAGCAUGGAACAAAACCUCAUUAGAGCAACAGAAACACUGCUGCUUAAUAGCUGUGACAGAAAAAGUGAAUAAUGGAGAUAACGCAGCUUCAGAUCCGCUGCGCCGAAGAGCACAUAGCGCACAUCAGCUUAGCUUAAGAACAAACAGACCGUGCUCAGCAUGCAACACAGACAAAUCAAGAGAUUGUUCAGAAAAGUUUUGAAAAUAAAUGCAGUCUUUUAUUAGCACUGUUAUUCUGUCAGCACGUGACGUUGGCAGGGGGUGAGAAACAGAGCAGUUAUGAAACUCAAGUCAGGAAUGGGAUAGGACCACCUUCAUCAGAACCUCAGAGAGAGCCCCAAGGAGGUGCUGCAUCAUUGCUGUUCCACUGGGCCUCUUUGGCAGAGGGCUGGGUUGUUUUUCUGCCAUCAGCAACGUGGGAGCAUCACACGUGCAGUCUCAGGGCACGCUGCCACACCACAUUGAUCCACACGUUCUCUGGCUUCCUGAAACACACAGCGCUUUGUGUAUUCAGUAAAAACUUUGAAGGCAUCAAUAGGGUUGCAUGGGAAUAAAAAGUGUAACAAACGCAAUCAAAAUGACCAUUUCCAUCCAAAUGCACAGUGCUCAGCCCUGUGGUCUGCUCAGAAAGCCCUGCAGAGGCCAGCCCUCACGAUUCCUGAGAUGGCAGGGAGUUGUUUUUAAGAUCUGCUUUUUUUCCUCAAUUACACAAAACACAAAGUUUCCUAAUAGAAACUCUGUGAAUAGUGUGAAAGAUCAGGAUGAGACAGCUGAUGGGAAAAACACAUCAGGAAGACACAGCUAAUCAGAAUAAAAGCUAUCAAUAGCGACAGAGUUAAUAUUUUCUUUAUGUAAAUUAGAACAGCACUAAUUGGAGCCAAAGGUGUCACUGAUGCAGACAGCAAACUGCACAUUUGGACACAUGGUCAAGUCACCGUAAAGCUGCUGCCUGUGUGUGAAUGCACAGCUCUGUUACUGGAUGCUAACAGCAGUGACUGGGGAACUGGCUGGAUGGCAGAGCUCUGCACAAUUCUGCUUUGCUUGGAAAUUGAAAAGUAGGUGAAAAAGCAGUGAAGCAAACAGUUGAGUGCAAAUACAACCAAUGUAAAACUUUCUGGACGCACAGAGGCCAACAGGUCCCACAGUACACGUCGCUAAUGCAAUUAGGCCAGCAACAAACAAUAGCGGAGUUAACGAACACCCAUGCAAAAAUGCCAUCGAUCUGUGCUGUCAUUGCUGCUAUUGCCAAUAUAUGAAAUAGUAAUUACUGGCAGAGCAUUGCGCACACAGUUCUUGUUCAAAACUGAUAUUCAGAGUCACCUGAAACAAAAAGUCAUCCAGACUGAGCGCUUCACUUGACACAAGUCCCACAGCCUAAUCCCGCCUUUGAGCAAUAAUAUGCUCCAACAAAAUGAGAUUUUUCACAUCUGUUUAAAAUCCUGCAGUCAAAUCAGCUGAAUUGGAUUAAGAUUAGUGUGAACAAAUGGCCAACAGAUUCUUCUCCAGAUGAGUCAGCAUUUAUUAGCUUAAAUCAUUGAACUGCACAUAUUUACUAAAUCAGAUACUUAGUAAAUCAGUCUCUGACAGAGUCAAAAUUUAUCACUGAAGAAGGUUAAGGAAGUUCCAAGGCAGUGCUUGCUGAACAGUAACAAAACCUGCUACAGAGAAACAUUCUGUAUGGAAUUCAGCUAUCAGUUUGGCUCUGCCCUCCUAUCUUUACAAUCUGUAUACUGUAGAGUUCUAAAUGUUAUUUGCACUUGGUUGGCUUUGUUUUAUUCUAGUAGCGUUAUAGAAAAGCAUAACUUGAACCAUUUGGCAGAUCAGAUCUCCUGAAAGCAUGCAGUAGCAACACUUGCCCUUCACUUCUCCAUAUUCAGAGGAAUUUUUCUUGUAAUGGAGAUGCAUCACCAUUUUGCUUGCCAUCAAUGAGAAGCUGUUAGAAGACUAGCAAAAAAUCUUGCCUGUGUAGCAGUACAAGGUAUGGUUACCUCAAGACUAGUUUUUGAAUGGCAAAUGGAAGAAUUUUUGCUUAUUUUCCUGUUGGAGAAGAGUAAGGUGCAACUAAGCAUCACGGAAAGCACAGAAUGCUUUUGCCAGCAGAAACCUGAUUUCACUCAGUCAAUAAGAACUGCAGGUUCAUUCAGGCAGUGACGGCUCACAUGGCCAGAACACUUCUCUCUCCAGCCUCUCCAAACUAUAAAAGCCAGUUAAGGUUUUAACUUUCUAGAUUAGGAAAUAACGCAAUUGAAAUAAACCAGGAGAAAAACUGGGGGAGAAUCAGAUGACUGAAGGGAAGCUCAUCUUGGUUAGUUGUAGAAUAAACAUGAUCUCAGCAUGAGAAGAGAUGAAACAAAGGAAGAAGCACCUACCUAACAUCCAACUUGAAAAACAGAAAAUAAUGUGACCAAGCAAGUUAUUUCCUUGACAAGUUUGUGCAACGUCAUUAAAUAAAGGAAGGUGUCUUCUCGCUUGCAUGUUCCAAGUCAUCUUUUGUUAUCUUCUGUGACUGCAGACCUUGUGAAGUUGGUUUGGUUUCCACACACUGACGGUAGAGAACUGGUUUGAACAACCUGUUCUUGCAUCACAUGAUGUAAUUGGCCCACAUCAGCUUUCGGGACUGAUUUAUUUUGUUUUUCCAUUGGCCUCUGUUCUUAAAUACACACAUUAUACACAAAGUGGCCAGCCGGUACCUUCUGAAGUAUCAGUAUGUUCUCAGGUUCAUUUAAGAGAGAGCAUUUCCUCAGUCGUAGUCUACAGAUGACUUCCCUAAGAGGUGAAGAGAGCCCUACCUCAGCCAGACAGGAGUGACACUAAGAAACUACACCACUGAAACUUCUCAGAAGUGCCUCUGAAACACUGCAAUAAGCAUCACUUGUUUGCUUCCUCCAGGAGUUAACACAGAGCUAUGGCUGCAGGGGUGAAGCCACCCUUAGGCCACCCAGAUGAAAUGCAACUUUACCUAAAGCGAUUCAAGUUCAGAUGAGCUUAUUUCCAGACUAGUCAAAGCUUUCCUAGACUAAAGACGCAUGAAUCAUCUGAGCAAGCCAUAUCCUCAGGGCUGUAGAUUCAGCAUUCGUUAGGUAAAUGUCAUUAGGUAAAUGUCAAAGUCUAACACUGGAAUAAACAACGUACCCUGCGCUAGAGUCCACAGAAGAAAGAGCUCCUGGAGAGUCCUAGAAGGAACAGCAAAUGCCCCGGCCCAGCUCCUGCUUGGUGGCUAGGCAGAACCAGCCUAGAAACAUCCAUGUCUGUGUUUUAUUGAAUCUGAGCUUAAACAAAGUUCAUAAAUGGUUUUAUAAAUACUCUGUUACUCUAAUCCUAAAAAUAUAUAUAUGUAUAUAUAUCAGAAGACACAAUCUUAUCAGCAAGAUUUAAACAUCAAAAUGUAUGCAUUAUCUUGAGCUGGAGGGAAACAUUUACUCAGAGCUGGUUACAGGAUGCGCUCAACUUACUUUAAAACAUGGCAAGUUAACAGUUUGCAUUGUGGCCGUUUGUUCAGCACAGUAUGAAAGCAAAGGACCACUACAGACUGCAAGAUAAGUUAGAACUCAAACAUGGAAAAGGACUAUUGAAAGUUAUCUACAUUUACAGUUCAAUCACACAUUUUUAUUUAACAUCAGUAUACAGAGGACAACCCCAGCAAGUUAUUUUGUAAUGUCAAGUAUUUAGUAAAGUUCUUCAGCUGUAACAGUGACAAUAGAACAGCUAAAAAUAAGCAGUAUGAAACAAACAUAAUUUUCUUAAAAUUAUAAAUAUACCAACAAUACUUCUUAAAGCUUAAUUAUUGCAACAGUUAAAUUAACAAUAGUUCAUGUUAGAAAGGCUCUAUGAAAUUUAUUCAAGUUGUCAAGAAAUUAGAUGGAAGUGUAAAAAGGAAAUACAUAUGAAUUUUACUUUUGAUUUUCACUAAAGGUAGUCAAUACAAUUUUGUACAGUAUCACCUAACAUGGCAAUCUUUAACAAAGUCCAGUAUACAGAAUUCAUAAAAUGCAGAAAAAAUAUUGUUUAAUUUUUACAUGUAAAUCGACAGUGAAUUAACUGACACAAAUUUUAUUACUGUAACAUAAGCAGGCCAGCAUUUUAAAUAUUAAUUUAGAAGCUUUAUAUUGUUAAAGGGGCAGACAUAUACAGUCAUCGCAAGUACAUAACCAAAUUGUAAGAGGUGAUAAUUCGGAACACGGGUCUUCUAAAAAGCGUUUAGUAAAAGUCAUGUUAUUUCCUAAUCCAGACAUCCUCAUCAUAAAGCCUUUGAGGGCCGUGGUCUUUCCUGGCUUGGCGGAGCCGCACCUCCUCUCACACGCACACACACACCUUGCUAUAAAUAUCACGCCAGUGUACUAGGUUUAAGUUCACCCUGAUAAUGCGGGUAUGCUCUGUGCAACUUUGCCAUUAUGCACGUUACAGAAAGCCUCAAAUUUCAGCACGGUGACCUGAAGUCGUAGCUGUGUUUCAGUUCUACUAGAGUCAUCCCUGAAGUUUAUACAGAUACCGUAUCACGUUGAAAGAAAUCUAUUUGAUAGUACUUAAAUACCAGCAAUUGAACUUCAAUUGUAACGAUGAAAUGCUCCUUUCCACUGAGGAAGAAUUAGUAUGUAUAGCUGCUCAUCUCACUCAAAAUAUAGUGCAUGAAUGUUUAAGUACUCUUACUAAAACAGAAGUCAUACUAAGACAUGAUACUGUACUACAAUUGUAGUUAACUGGAAAGUUCAAGGAUGUCAUAAUUUAAGUCUAAGUUUUCCUGUACAAUAAGUCAAAUAAAUACAUUCCAUGUGCAUUUGUUUUACAAGAUGGUAACGUGUUUGUCUUGCUAGGUUAUACACUGCCAUUUCACCUGCUCGUGGCUCUGCCCAAUCCUACCUUGAGCUUUCUGACAAAGGAAGCAACUCAGCAGCAGUUUCAUGUCAAUAAACUGAGCCGCACACGGCAGCGAGCAGAAGUCACAGAGGGCUCCUCUGGCCGUUCAGCUCAGAGAAAGCUUGUUGUGCAUCUCUAGGCCCCACUUCACUCUUUGUUUAGGGGUUUGUUUUUAGUGUUUUCCUGCUUUGGUUUUUUCUUCUCGUUGUUGUUGCUUUGCUUUUUAAUUGCUUCUGCAGUUCCUGUAAUUCAGUCUGAAGGAGCUAUAAAGGUCAGACACGAAGCCUACCUCAGUUCCUCUCAGAUUUUUUUUCCCCCUGUCUUAAGACAAAUACAACAGCUCUAUAAUGCCAUUUACAUUUUCUGCAGGGCUGGGAAAUAAACGGGGAAAAGGAGACAGUUAAUUGUCACCAUGUAGUUGAGGAAGUCCAUACUCUUGUUAAGGCAACCUAUUUUUCUUACUACCCUGAACCUUCUCUCCGAAACAGGCUAAGAAAAAAUGAGAGUAAAAAAUUUUAAUGAACCCUGAGUCUCAAUCAACUUGUUUCUUAUUAAAAUUUUUCCAUUUACUUGACCUUAUUCUGAUCGGGAGCUAGCAUAAUAGUUCUGGGAGUGAGAUACAAGCAUGGGACAGCCAGUGAGGAAGCUCAAGGUAUGAUUACGCUAUACACGUGACAUAGCAAUUUGGAGAGCUUGUUGACAAACGGCGAGGACGCUGUAUGCACUGUACAGCCUAUCCUAAGGAGCACAGCUGAAAAGAACUUUCUGGAUUUGUUUUUUUCCACUGACGGCAGCACCAGAGCAACCACAGAACUCAGACCUUGCCGUGCACUGCCCAAUUAUCCAGCGUGUCUUUUGAUGGCUACUAAAAAUGAGGGAAAGGUAGCACUGGCUCAAGGCAAAUUAUAUUAAACGCUGCAAGUCUGCUUCAGCAGUCCAUCCAAUUCUUUCUUUAGGCUGGCAGUGCCAGGAAUUUACAGAAGGCCUUUUGAGGCAAUGAUGGAAGAAGCAGCAAGAUUCAGAGGCUUUCACUCUAGAGUUGGCAGACAAAAAAAAAAGUGACGGAGUUUUAAGAUCACUUGGGGACCCAUAUUUCAAAAGGAAGACUAGAAAUAGCAGCUUUAACCCCGAGUCAAGGAACAGCCUAGGAUAAAACAGGUGGCGAAACAAAUGAAUGGUAUAUAACCCAGUAAGAAAGACAUUACCAUGAGUGUUUUGUACUUUGACAACUCUCAUUAAAUAAAAUUAAGUGCUUUUCUAUAAACAAAAAGAAUGCUCAUAACGUCCUUCUGGCACAAAUAGUUUCCUAUCAAACCCCUGUAAACAUGCCAUCAAAAUUCAGUUUUGACCAUCAGAGUGAGCUCACUAGAAAUGCAAGUGAUAUCAGAAAAACAAGUUCAUUUGAAAAUUUCUAAGUAAAUACUUCCUAAACAAUAUGGCAUUUACAUCAGUGUGCAAUAUUAAUUUUGAAAGUGAUAACUUCAGCAUGAAAAUUACUUACCUGUAAUUAAAGUUUUCCAUAUUGGCCAAUACAUAAAUCCUGAUUUUUGGUACUGCAUACUUUAUCUCUGAAAUAUUUGAAAUGUCACAUUCCAAAUCAAAGUUAAUGCACAAGAAGGAAUGUGUUGAAGUUAUAAUCAGCCUAACAAAACCCACUUCAGCCACUGAAAUUUAACACCGUAGCAUUUAGUGCUGCAGAGAGGAAUUUUAGAACAAAAAGAAAAAAACAGCUCAAUAGAAAUCGGAGGCACUGCUGUACAUAUAUUAUGCUAAUUCUUAAGACUUACUAAUUGCACUGAGUCACACGAAGGAUAAAUUUAGUGUUUUCAUUUCAUUCAGUGCUAGAACUAAGUAGCUCAGGUUAAGUUGCUUUUGUUUUGUUUUAUUUUGUUUUUAAAUUAAUGCUGGAACUGUAGUUCUUAGGCAAAAAACAUUGUUAGCUACUACAUUCCACUUUUCUCUUCAGAGAAGGGCUUGCAAUUCUUAGUUAUAACCCUGAAAAAUGCACUGCAAUGUAGAGUGGGCACAGCUGUCUUUGAGUACAGAAAUAGUGACAGAUUCUAGAACACCUCAAAGAAACCUACAUCAUAUGAAAUGUUUUAAGAAAAAAAUCUCAAGCCUUACCUAAAAUUUUACAGCAAUGGACGAGUGGUGUUUAAUGCUAAAUGUCUGCAGUACCUCCACGCCAAGAGUGAGACUCACAAACAAAGCAGUUAAAAUAUUACAGCCAUCAGAUGGCCGUUUAUGCUGCCCAACGUAGUGGCACUAUUUGGGCACUGGCAGAUUUCUUCCCUUCAGGCGAUGACCUACAUUUCACAAAACCCCAGAACUUUCAUGGAAGCAAUGGCCCUUUUUGGUGGAUCAGCUCUGGCAAUGUUUUCCUAGCUGUACUCCUCUAAAAUACUGCUGACAAACAAAGCCAGCGUAGCACAAGGUGCUUUUUAAUAAAAUAAACACCACUUUUAGCUUCAUUCCAAGUUUAGCUUGCUGUUGAACACUGAACAGAAGAAAAUUAAGAUUUUAACUGCAUUUAAGUGCAUUAACGGUGAAAGUUAAAACUAAUAAUAUAUUUUAAUUAGGUUCAACUGAUGGUUCAGGUGCUAUCAAAAAGCACAAGCUUGCGAUAACCAAAUUCAGCUAACAGAAGUGACAGUAACAUAAAAGUGAAGCUACGUAGAGCAAGCUCGCUCUUGUAUUUUCCCUAAUUUGACGAAGAAUACACAAGUCAAGACCAGCUAAAAUUAGAUUUCCUUGACAGUGCUGAUUCACAGUUUCAAAAGCAUAAACUACAGUCAGUAAUGGGCUCACAAAUCUGCUCGUAGAAUGGCCAACACUUUAAUAAGAAGUGGCUUUACAUUAAUGGCAGACCACCACAGAAACGUAUGGAGGAGUAAAACUUUGGUUUUAAUUUUUCAGAGGCUCACAUUUCUUGUUAGACUUGAAAGCAGCAGCUUUUAUAAGCUACUGCUAUUGGGAGUGCAGUUAUUUUGUAGAAAACACUUGAGAUGUAAUUAUUUUAGUGACUGACAUGUUUGACGUCAAUUUUUACAUAAAUAGCUUUCGCCAUACUGUGGUUACGCUUAAGUAUAAGAACACUGAUCAAUAGUUUAGAUGCACAGUAUUUAUUUCUUCUGCUGGAAGGCAACUAUACUUAAUAAUUGUAUCCAAGACACUUCAAAUCAUUCAGAAAUAUGGCAUGCAGUAUCCAAAAGUAUGGCUCUGAGGAUUUUUUUUUUUUU